GAGUGAAGAUCUAAUCCAUUUCAUGUGCGAUCAGGCACUAGAUUCUGAAGAGGACUCUGAUAAGAGUCCUCAAAAUCUACAAAAACAUGGGAAGAGGGUGAAUGCCAACGAUGAAGAUCCCAUCAUAGCACAGCUACUAAAUCCUAGUGAUGACUUUGUUUUCCCUUUUAGAAGCGAAGAAAAAGAUCAUGCUGAUCUUUUGACAAAAGAUAAUGAACUUUUUGAAAACGAAUGGCUAGCAUCUCAGAAUGACUGUGGGGAUACCACUAAUCGUCAUAAAAUACCUCACAAUAAUUCAGAAGAAGGGUCUACUCAAAAUAGAUAUGACGGAAAGGGUCCACAAUUUUCCAGCAGAAGGCACGAUAAAGUUCGAAUUAAACUAGAGAAUAUAUUUUCUCAGUGAUCAGAAAGCCCAAAAGUGAGCAAAGUAUCUAAGAUGAAGAUUACAUCUAAGGAAUAUUCCUGUAAGAACAAGAGAAAUAAAGGGAAGAAGAAGCGUUUUGGUCAGGCUCAGAAACAGUCUAAUGAAGAAGUAAAGGAAAUAUCUCCCUCCCAAUACAAAUCAGAGUUCAAGUUAUCAAACCAAAGGCCAUAUGUGUUCAAAAGAACCCAGCGCCAAGGGAGAGACAGAAGAAAUCCGAUGUUUGGACCAGCGAAGCUACACAACAAUGUCCAGACAAAGCAUUUUAACGGUCAUCCGGGUAAGAAGAAGUACAACAACAGUUACCCGGAGAAGAACAGCUAUCAGGAAGGUGAGAGUACUCUCUUCUCAGGAUUCUCGUUUAAAAAUUAAAGGUCUCCACAGUCAGUGUU